CUAUCUGGAAAGGUGCUCUGUUUUAAUGAAGGACACUGAAAAGUGCUCAUCACACCAUGUAUUUCUCUCUCCCUCUCUCCAUAGGCAGAGGUUCGAAGAGCGACGGAGACAGUCUGGAGCGGAGCCCGGAACCUUCUGCAGACGACAGAGAGGCGGAGGAGGUGAAGGACACCAGGAGCCGGAGGGGGCGGAGCUCUCAGAGUGCCACUCCCCAGAGGGACACAAGCAAGACCAGGAAGGAGGACAGUGAGGAGUCUACAGGUCCAGGCACGGGGCAGCCACUUAAAAGUGAUGAUGAAGGCGAGAAGGCCGUGGAGACAAAAGUUCCACGCAGGGGGAGGUGGUCCAAGGGCACGACUCCGUCGCUCAGGGAAACGCGAUCCUCAUCCCAAGAGCUGGAGGAGGAAGAGGUGAAGGAGCAAGAACAGCCUGAGAAGGAGAAGCCCGAGGAUGCUCCCAUUCGUAGAGGACGAAGUUCUGCUGGCCAGGUCAAAGAGGUCAGCGAAGGUGGCCAGCAGAAGAAAGAGGAGGAGGAGGAGCCUAGAACAGGAAGUGGCUCCGAGGAAAAACGAGAGGAGAAAGAGGAAGACGAGAAGAGCGAUCAGAAGAAACGGCCGGGCCGCCCGAGGGAGAGGAGACCUUGGAGCAGAGUGGCGAAAAGGAGGAUGGAGAAAGCUCUGACUCCAAAGAAACCAGUAGCACUCGUAAGCCUGCACUGA